AGAUAAACUCUCUGAAAACACUUUAGACCAGAACAUGGCUGAGGCGAUUCACCCAGGGCCCAACAUGAUGACAGAGGUCAGGACCACACGAGGAGAGGGAGAGGAGAGGAUAGUGGACAUCUUGGUUUGUCCUGAGAGCCUCGGAGAUCAACAGCAGCACUCUGUGGGGACAGAGGAGUCCUCCAAGUCUCUGGGAACAGGAAGAAGUCAGCGGCCGGACGCUGUGAGCCCUACCAAGUGUCAGAUGUGGGCAGUGAUGGUGCUUCUGGGACUGCUGUCUGUGGUAAUGCUGGCCAGACUGAUUGGGUUGGCAGUGCAACACAAGAAGACUGUAAGCAUGAACAGAGACAUGGAGCAACUUCUCUUAACGCUGAAGAAUUUGACGGAACAGAGAGACGCACUGCUCUGUAAACCGGAAUGUCCAGAUGGUUGGAAGAAGUUUGGUUGUAAAUGUUACAAGACUUCCGACACGUAUCUAUCCUGGAAUGAGAGCAGGGAGUUCUGUGUUUCCCACGGAGCAGAUCUGGUGGUUGUGGACAGUAAAGAGGAGAUGGACUUCAUUAGCAGGUGGUACAACGUGUACUUCUGGCUCAGAGCGACAGAUGCGGCCGGUGAAGGGACGUGGAGAUGGGUUAAUGGGACCGUCCUGCCACUGACGGUCCCACCGUCCUGACACUGGACGGUCCCAUCAACCCUGAUGUGUUUAAAG